UCGGCCACGCCGGAGGACACAAACCGCAUCGUACGAUACAUGGGAGACUUGGUAGUGUGGCCUACGCUCACCUCCUCUUCUUCCUCUUCUUUCUUCCUCUUCAUUUUCACAAUUCUAGGGUUCUUUGGUGUUCCUUUUGUGAUCAUGGCGGCUGUGGGGUACUUGUACAAGCGGCUGUAUGCGGGUGCGCCACCUCAAUGGCAGUUGAUAGAUGUUGGCCGACAUGUCCGUGCAGCAUCCCAGCAUGGCGCGGCUGCCAUCGAGGAGAAGAUGUAUGUGGUAGGAGGAUGCUGCACGGACCGAUACUUGAACGAUGUGCUGGUUUUCGAUUUGGGAGGCUUGAGGUGGUCGACAGCCCAACCUUGUCCCGUGUCGUGCGCCGGCCAUUCCGUGGUAGCAAGUGGAAAAACGCUCUUACUCGUUGUUGGCAUUCCGUCUGAUGAAAAGAUGCGCGUGUACCAAUUUGACACGAAUCAGUGGUCACGUUUGAAGACGGGGGGAGACACUCCGGCUGCAACUCGCGGUCACUCCACCACCCUGAUCGGGAGCAAAAUAUGGGUGUAUGGCGGUGUGGAUUUUCAUGGUCAGCUGCGCCGUGAGCUACAUGCACUCGAUCUGGGAAGCAAUCAGUGGGAGCUGAUCGAAGCACGUGGCGUCAUCCCACCAGCGCUUUCUUUCCAUGCUGCUGUGCAUGAGGGCAACCAUCUGUACCUUUUCGGAGCUGGCUCAUCAGGCUUCUGCAAGAACCUAUACGCACUGGAUCUCGUAGAGAGAGAAUGGUCCAGGUAUCCAGAUCAAGGUCCUGCCCUCGUGCCUGCCGCACGUUUUGCAACUGCAGUCACUGAAAACCAGUGCUAUGUUGUUGGUGGCUCUACGAAAGAAACCAUGCUACUGAACAUGGAGUCUUUGGAGUGGACUGUAGUGUGUGCCGAACCUCGUUUGGCUACUGAGAGCCUGAGCUUGGUGCACGCAAGAAUCAAAGGUCGAGGCGCUCUGGUUGCUUCAGGGGGGAAUCCGUUUAGCGUCUUUCUACUCAAGACUAUGAAGUCAUAUCCGGUGCUUCCGCAUCCGAUGGGCAAGUGCCAGGUGAGGAGCGUAGACGGGCCACUUCUGGAGCUGUUUGAGAUUCCAGACGCAGGAGAGCAGGCCCUUAAGAUUAUAGACAGGCUUUGGACCAAGGUGGGGAACGGAGGCGACUUGGUGAGGGACGGCCGUCCUCUGGAACGUGACGAUGUCAUCUUUCCAGGAGACGAGCUAACAUUCCGCCCGAAUGAUUUUGUUGGAAUACGUGGUAGCAUUCAUCACCAGGUCUGUGAGGUCCGUCUCAUGGCACUUGGAGGCUGUCAGCUAGUCCUCGCCGCGGCGAAGAUCGAGCUCAUUAGAGGGGAAGGGUGGCUAGAACCGCGGGAGGAAAUUGAGAGCCAAGCCUUCGCAGGGUGGAAUAGCAGGAGGCCAGGGGACACGAUGGAGUACCUGGUGGAGGGUGCUAAAGUUCCCCGUUUUUACAGGCUGGAGCAUGUAGCUAACGAUGAGGGCACAUUCAUGGAGGAGAUAUCGACCACAACCCCGGACGAGUUCCCCUACACCCUCUGCUUCAAACUGGACGCGAUGCUCAUGCACAUGAGUGUGGCCGAGGACAUCAUCACGGGCUACUAUAUGAAGGAAGAGAUUGGCGAGGUGGACAUCUGGAGGGCUCUCGUGAUGUUGGUGGGAGUGAACAUCAGAUGCCGCACCCUCAAGCCGUGGAUGGUGAUCACGGACCUCAAAGACGAAUGGCACUUCGCGUGGAUGGACUGGCCACGCAUGUACGUGUGCAAGGCGUGGAGCAGGAGCCAGGGACUGGGGAUUCUCUGUGACCUGUGCCACGACUACAACCUGGUAACCUCGCCUGAGACGAAGGGCUGUCUCUCGAACCUGCCUAGCAUCUUCACUCGCGCUUGUCCGGGGUUCAAAUGGGAUAUGGAUGAGGAGACGCGGGUGAUGUUCGCCCCUCGCCCGCCUGUCUAUCAUAGGUGUGCUGAAACUGGCAGGGCACUCAAGCAAUAUAGACCUGAGGAGCUUAUUUAUAGGUGAUCAGUUGCUGUACCAUUGCAAUCUUAGUGAGUAUUUCUUA